CCUCUUCAUCAUCAUAUCUGAGACUAUUUUAUUUUCCUCUCAGAACUGUGAUAGAAGGGCUGGGUAUUAUUCUAGACACAUUUCUGUAGCAUUAGGGAUUGGUUAGAGAAAGCAGGAAGCUCUGUUGAGUUGUGCGCAGUGUUUUUUAAAAAUAACUUGGACUCUGUCUUUUAAGAUUUUGCUAAACAUCCUGAAUGAGGUUCGAGCCCCACAUGGGAGACUGCUUGUCGUUCCAAGGUUACAAUGUAAUCUUGGAACCUGUACUUUUAAUCAGAGAGUUGGCUCUGUUUCAGCUUUGCUUAUUUCACUUAAAAAACAAAAAACAAAAAAACAAAACUCUUUCCACUAUUACCUGGUCAGAAAAAUAGAAAGAUUUAAAAAUGCCCAUUCCAUUUUCUUCUCUUCAGACUUGGUGUUAGUGAGAAUUUUCAGGAUUUUGCUGCUUUAGCGAUGUAGUUUCUGGGGCAGACAGCUGAAUGGUGCUGGAUCACCUGGUUAUGCUCUGGGAUCUUAAUUUUUUUUCUUGUCUGUGUUACCGCACAGCUUACAGUUUCCUGGAGAUCCCAUGCUCUCCCCCUGUGCACCUGCUGCUCCAUCUCAGGAGAGCGGAGAGAUGGGCGGACCUGAAAUGGGGUUUGACCGAUACAAAAUGGUGGUGCAAGUAGUGAUUGGAGAACAAAGAGGUGAAGGAGUAUUCAUGGCUUCUCGCUGUUUCUGGGAUGCUGACACUGACAACUAUACCCAUGAUGUUUUCAUGAAUUUUAUUCUGCGUUGUAGCAGCAUUUGGCUGUUUCUACUACUGAAUGAAUCUUUGAAAAGCUGGGAAAAGAUGUGACCAUGAAGAAACCUGAACUUUUUAAUAUCGUUAAAUAUCUUGACAAAAUAAAGAUGUUAGUAGUUUGACAACAGAA